AUGGCUAUGCAAUAUGAAUUUGAUGCUCUUAUUAAAAAUAAGACGUGGGAGUUGGUACCUCGUCCAUUUGGUGUAAAUAUCAUUCGCUCUAUGUGGAUUUUUUGUCAUAAACAAAAACCUGAUGGUUCUUUUGAGAGGCAUAAAGCCCGUCUUGUUGGUGAUGGUAGGUCUCAGCAGGUUGGUGUUAAUUGUGGAGACACACAGAUGCUGAUUAGGGGGUGUCUUGAUAGUCGACGUUCGAGAUCUAGGUACUGCAUAUUUCUAGGGAUAACUUACUCUCACGGUAUGCUAAGCGGCAACCUACUCUAUGUCGUUCUAGUGUUGAGGCCGAGUAUCGAGGGUGGCCAAUGUGGUAUCUGA